ACCUCAGCUACUACAUGAAGUAUGUAAGUUGAGGUAAAUGUGAAACAGUACAUGCAGGUGGUUUAGACUUUUUUUUUUCCCCUUAUAUAAUUUUUUUUUUCUUUUUUCCUGUUUUAGUCAGUUUCACCUCAUACAUCUUGUAUACAUACACUUACAUUUAUGAACCUCAAUUUUCAUAGUAGUUUGUUGCAUUGUGACCUGCGGUGAUAACAAGUACUGUGAACAGCAUCACUUUCAGGCUCUGUGUUGGAGGAUCAUAGUUUCAGAAUGUAUACAAGGGCCUGAAGUAAACAUAUGAUCCACUCUUCUUUCCACAUACAUUUAGUGGAUAUGCAAAGGUGUUUUUCUUUCUCUUGUCCCUGCUACUUUCCAGAAACAGACCUCCAACACAUGCACAUUAAUUAAUUCUUCGACUGUGUUUUGUAUCAGUGUGCAUGCACUUGAUGGAUGUUUUUCCUCUGAAGUCACAGGGCGAGUGUGGUGUGGGCUGUAGGAGGUGUGUGCCCUUGUGCAGGUCAGCACCUUGCAGAGGUGUGUGAAGCUCAGCACCUUCCAGCAGGGAGGGUGGUUGUCUUUUUCUCUGCUCCAUGUAGCUCAUGUGAAUAAGAGGAAUUCUUCAUUAAUCAUAAUUGGAUUGGACGCAACCGGCCUUUCUAUGGCAGAGAGCCAGUGUGUGCCUGGAGGUCACCCAUGACACCUUCAGUCUAGAAGGAGCACCACAGGCACUUUAAAUCCUGCACUUUAGCCCUCGCUCAUGUUGGAUUUGCUUCCGUGGUGAGCUCUGGAUAUGUUGUGAAUGCUGCUCAAGCAAAAUUGAGUGGCUUCUGCUUUCUGUGGAUCUUGUAAUGGUCAAGAAGUCAGAGACCUAGACUAGACUGUUUACCCACCACUUCAUCAUAUUUUGUAGUUUCCUUUUGUUCCUCAGGUUACCUCCCUCUUUCUGUACCUACAUCGCAACAGUACAGAUAGUCCCCAAAUGGACAAAUUGAAUGUUAUUACAUGCAAAAUCUACAUAUUUUUUUUUUAGCAAUUACAGUCACAAUUAGCGUUGUUGGUCAUAUUCUGUUUGAAUAUGACAUCCUUACUCUUCCCUCAUGGUACAGGUGUCCUUUGUAUCACACUGGAAAUUAUGAGUGCCUCAGCAGUCCAGCUGCAGCUGGAUCUGCUUCAAUAACUUUAUGGCUGCUUUUGCAGGAGUCUUACAUUGGUGUCAUAUAACAACUCUUUUUGAAAAUGACCGUCACUUUUCUCACCUGUCAACACUAGAAAGAGAAAUGGCUUUUCGCACGGAAAUGGGUCUUUAUUAUUCCUACUUCAAGAUCAUCAUUGAGGCACCAUCGUUUUGGAAUGGAGUAUGGGCAAUUAUGAAUGACAGAAUAACUGAAUAUCCUUUAGUGAUUAACACCUUACAAAGGUUCAAUCUUUACCCUGAGGUGGUCCUUGCCAGCUGGUACCGCAUGUAUACCACCGUGAUGGAUUUCUUUGGUGUACCGACAAAAACAUGUUGGACUGUAAACAGGGGAAAGGGGCUUAGUCCUGUUGAAAGCUGUGAGGGAUUGGGAGACCCCGCUUCCUUUUAUGUUGCUGUCAUUUUUCUUUUGAAUGGAUUAAUGAUGUCACUGUUCUUCAUAUAUGGUACAUACCUCAGUGGUAGCCGUCUAGGAGGUCUUGUUACUGUGAUGUGUUUCUUUUUCAACCAUGGAGAGUGCACUCGUGUCAUGUGGACUCCACCACUUCGUGAAAGUUUUUCAUACCCGUUCCUUGUUUUUCAGAUGUUGCUUUUGACCUAUAUUCUCAGGAUUCCGAAUAUUAAUACAGGAAGCUUGAUUGCACUGUGUAUUUCUAACAUUUUUUUCAUGCUUCCCUGGCAGUUUGCUCAGUUUGUUCUUCUAACUCAGAUAGCUUCAUUAUUUGCUGUGUGCAUUAUGGGUUAUAUUGAUUCCUGCAAAUUACAGAAGAUACUCGUGGUUCAUAUGGUAUCUCUUUUAGUAUGUUUUAUUUUGAUGUUUGGUAAUUCAAUGUUAUUGACAUCGUAUUAUGCUGCAUCUUUAUUAGUUAUUUGGGGAAUUCUUGAAUUGAGGCCGAAAGUCUUGAGAAGCGGCAGAAGAGUAGUCCAUGUAUGGGUCAUUGAAGGAUUUGCCUGGUUAUUUGGAACAAUUACCUUGAAGUACCUAACUUCUUUAGCACUUGAAAUAGCUGAUGAUGCUCAUAUAGGAAAUAUAUUAAAAUCGAAAUUUAUUGGCUACAAGGAUUUUGAUACGUUAAUGUAUACCUGUGCUGCAGAGUUUGACUUCAUGGAAAAAGAGACUCCAGUAAGAUACACAAAGACACUGCUAUUACCAGUUGUUCUGGUGGUUUUUGGGGUAAUCAUCAAAAGGGCAGUUAAGUAUCUUAUAUGGGUCUUUUCUCAGGCAGGCCAAUAUGAAAGAGAGGAACGUUUUAACCAUGGUGAGCUGGUGUAUCAUGCAUUGCAGCUGUUGGCAUACAGUGUCCUAGCAAUUUUAAUCAUGAGACUAAAACUGUUUUUGACACCACAUCUAUGUGUUAUGGCUUCCUUGGUGUGCUCAAAACAGUUGUUUGGAUGGCUCUUCUGUAAAAUCCAGCCCAAAACAUUGGUCUUUGCUAUUUUAGCAUUGAUGGCAAUAGAGGGAUCAGCAAACCUUCAAGCUCAGUGGAACAUCAUGGGAGAAUUUAGCAAUUUGCCACAGGAGGAACUUUUAGAGUGGAUAAAAGUCAGUACUAGACAAGAUGCAGUUUUUGCUGGAGCAAUGCCUACAAUGGCAAGUGUUAAACUGUCUACACUCCGUCCUAUUGUAAAUCAUCCUCACUAUGAAGAUGCAGGAUUGAGGGCCAGAACUAAAGUAGUGUACUCUAUGUACAGUCGAAAACCUGCAAAAGAAGUAAAAAGAGAAUUGGUAAAACUAGGAGUGAAUUAUUAUAUCCUGGAAGAGUCAUUGUGUGUAAGCAGAAAAAAGCCUGGUUGCAGUAUGCCAGAAAUUUGGGAUGUUGAAGAUCCUGCUAAUAGUGGCAAAAUUCCUUUGUGUACUCUUAUGAGCAAGGAUUCUAGGCCACAUUUCAUCACUGUAUUUGAAAACAGCAAUUACAGAGUCUUGAAGAUUCCAAAGGAGUAACAUUUCAAUGUAAAGAACCAUCAAUCUUUCAACUUUUUAAACUAGUAACUAUAAGAAUUCUAAAUCAGAAGUACCUUUUCUACUAGACUUAAAAUGGAAAAGUGUGUAUUUUAUUUUUUACCAUUUUAAGUGAAUUCUGAUUAUAGAAAUAUCUUAAACCUAACAGUUUGGAUUUCUAUUUCAGGGUCAGUCCCUUGAGAUUUGCUAUGCAAAUGAUUAUAUGUUUGCACAUUGUAUUUAACACUGAUCCAAAAAGAGUUAAAAGUAGCUAUGGCAAGUAACUUCAUUCUCAAAACCAAUGAUCUUGUGAAAUGGGACUGUCAGAAUGUUUUAGCAAAGCAAGUUUGUUUAAGUCUUUGGUGCUAGCAGCUAGGAACAAAGGAAUGGUGCUAUAGCAUCUGGCAUCACAUUUCUCAUGUCACUUUCAUUACCCAUCUCCCUUCUGGAUAAGGUCAUACUAGAAAUUCUCUUUAAAAUCAUGUAGUUUCACUAGUCGUGUCAGGGACAAGUACAUUUUUUCUUUGAGAAUAUUAAGAACAUUGUCAUCGUGGAUCACUUAACAUGUGCUUUUAAGCUUGCUUUUAAAAUGGAAAAGUUUGUAUGCAGACUUGAAACUUCAUUACUUAGGUGCAUGUUCUUGGAAACCUACUGAUAUUAAAAAAGAAGUCUAAUAAGGGUAAUACUUGCAGUGAGCAAUAGUUUAGCUUUUCAGUGUCCAAGGAUUUUUAGCAUUCUUAAGUAUUCAGAAUAAACUGACAUAUAAUAUACAUUAAAUUUUUAAGGGAAAAUGCUUUAUUCAGGAAAAAUCUGUCAUAGCCUUAGAAAGAUAGUAAAAAAAAAUAAUCCUUCACUGCCUUAACUAGACCUUCAGCGCUUAACUUCAUAAGAAAUUACUUUAAAAAUAUAUGCCCCGUUUUCUUUUCCCAGGUAUUAGAUCCUGCCUGGAUUUUAUCAUCAGCAUUAAAGAAAAAUCAAAUUUAACCCACUUGUAAUAUGGGUGUAGUCAGUUGUGUGGGUGUAGUUGCUCCAAAAAUAUUAGACUGGUUCUGUCAUCUCAGUGUCACACCAACAUAGUAUGUUAUAAAGAAUUUAGAGAAUUCACUUUCCAGGGUACCCAGUGCAAGGACAUCCUUUAGUCCUUUAACUGUCUUGAUAGAAUUUUUGUAUGUUUAUUGCCAUUGGGAAGUAUCACAGUAACUGAUUCUGCAGAAUAAGGCUUCUAAAGUGAAAUGUUUAUCUGUAUAUCAAUCAUGUUUUGGUUUUGUUUUGGCUUGGUUAGUUUUUUGUUCAGAUAUCAGUCUAUUGAUAUGACUGGUCUUUUUAGCCCUAAUAGCAUCUAGCAAUAUUAGAUGCUUUAGGAACAGCAUCUAUCAUGCCUGUAACACUGUCAAUUAAAUGGGAACCUAUGGUAAAGUAGUAGUGUAACAAUUGAUCAGUAUUCUAAGACUUCUUAUUUUUUUAAAGUCUGUUUUAUUGAGAGAGUGAGGGAGAAUGGCUGAAAAUGCAUUAGCUUUUUAACUUUUACAGAAUAGAUUUUGGAAAAAUUUCUAUAAGGAAACUCACAAAAAGGGCUUUUGGGAAGUCACUUUUAAAAAUGUUAAUUGAAUUCAAGGAAGCAGGAAAAAUCUUUAUAUAAAUAUUGUGAUUAGUGUUACAGCACAAAAAGGUACUGUAUUUUUAUGAAAUUUAUGCCAACUGUUGACAUGUACUUAUGUGGUUAAAUAAAAAAGAAAAAGAUGGACGUCA